CAUCAUGUAUCAACUUCUUAAGCACAGUUGUCAUUGAGCACAGUCUCUGUCACCACUGAGCUGCAGAGAUGAAUAACCAAGGUGUAAUCUACACAGAACUGAAUCUGGCCAAGAACCCAAAGAGGAAGCAAAUCAAGCCUAAGGGCACUAAUUGCUCCAUUUCAGACACUGAGCAGGAAAUAACCUAUGCGGAAUUAAAACUUCAAAAUGUUUCUCAUGAUCCUCAAGGGAAUGACGAGAAUUCACACUGCAAAGAAGAUUUCCCAUCACCUCGGGGAAGACUCAUUGCUGGGAUCCUGGGAAUAUUGUGUCUUGUCUUGAUGGCCUCUGUUAUAACCAUGUCAGUCAUAGUUAUUACUGCAACUCCUGAAAUACAGGAACUGAAAAAUUAUUCCCUGAUAAAAAGAACCCAGAAAGCCUCUCAUUGUGGUCAUUGUCCAAAGGAGUGGUUUACAUAUUCCAAUAAUUGUUAUUACAUAAGUGCUGAACGAAAAACAUGGAACGAGAGUUUGAUGGCCUGUGCUUCUAAGAAAUCUAACCUGUUUUACACAGAUAAUGAAGAAGAAAUGAGUGUGCUAAGUACCCUAUCAUUAGGAUUGUGGGUUGGACUGUCUCGUAAAAGCAGUAAUCAUCCAUGGGAAUGGAUAAAAGGCUUCAUUUUCAGCAAAAAGGUGAAAAAUUCACAAAAUCCUACAUAUAGCUGUGCUAUGCUACGCUUAGAUGGCCUUCAGGCAGAGACUUGUGUAUCUCCAAAACACUAUGUUUGUAAGCAUGAGUUUUAGAGUUAAAACGCCUGAGUCUGGAGUCCUUGAAGUUACUUUAUAUAUCAUGAAAUGGAAAUAAUAUGAUUGCAACUGUCUUAUAAUGAAUUAUAUUAUUUGUUCUAAUAAUGAAAAUGUAUUAAAACACUUAUUGAAAUAUAGUAUAUAAACAAAAAAAACACGAAUCAUUACAUUACCACUCGAUAAUUUAUCACAAAACAAAUACACCCUUGUAACUUUAACAUAAUUCAAUAUUAAAUAAAAUAAAAUUGGCAACUCAGAAGCUCCACUCCUACAAGCUCCUAUCCACUACAUCAUGCCCAAACUCACAAUCAUCUUUUUUUAACACCAUAGAUUUGUAUUGACUUUUAACAUUUUGUGUAUUGGAAAUAAUGCUGUAGUAAUUAUUUUGUGUCUGGCUUCUUUUGCUCAGUUUUAUAUUUUGGCAUUCAUAUGUCACAAAAGAUCACAUAUCAUAUGAUUUCGUUUCCAUGAAGUGUGCAGAAUAGGCAAAUCCAUACAGAUAUAAAGUGCAUUAAUGGUUUCUGAGGGCUGAGAUGGGAAUGGGAAUGACUGUUAACGGAGAAAGGAUUUCUUUUAGGGGUGAUGAAAAUUUUCUAAAAUUAGAUAAUGGUGAUGAUUGCAAACUCUGUGAAUAUACAAAAAAAAAAAAAAAAAAAAAAAAA